AUGCUCAACAUGAGCGAGGAGCACGCCAAAGCCCUGGAGGCGCCGGGCAGCCCCGCGGGCACCGCCAGCUCGCUCUCGCACGUGGACUCGGACUCGGACGCGCCGUCGUCGCCCGGCGGCUCGGAGGGGCCGGCGGCGCCCUCGGCCUCCUCGCAGCGCGCGGGGGGCGGCGGCGGCGGCGGCGGCGUGGCGGGCCCCAAGGGCGAGGCGGGCGACGUGGACGAGCGCUUCCCCGCCUGCAUCCGGGACGCCGUGUCGCAGGUGCUGAAGGGCUACGACUGGAGCCUGGUGCCCAUGCCCGUGCGGGGCAACGGCGCGCUCAAGGCCAAGCCGCACGUCAAGCGGCCCAUGAACGCCUUCAUGGUGUGGGCUCAGGCCGCCCGCCGGAAACUCGCCGACCAGUACCCGCAUCUGCACAACGCCGAACUCAGCAAGACGCUGGGCAAGCUCUGGCGCUUGCUAAGUGAAAGUGAGAAGCGCCCCUUUGUGGAGGAGGCUGAGCGGCUGAGGGUUCAGCACAAGAAAGACCAUCCAGAUUACAAAUACCAGCCGCGCAGGAGGAAAAGCGUCAAAGCGGGCCAAAGCGAUUCCGAUUCGGGGGCCGAACUGACUCAUCAUGGUGGAAACCAGAUGUACAAAGCAGACACUGGACUGGGAUCCAUGAGCGAAACUCAUCAUCACCCUGACCAUGCAGGGCAGACCCACGGACCCCCUACCCCACCUACCACCCCUAAAACGGACCUCCACCAUGGAAGCAAGCAAGAGCUGAAGCACGAAGGGCGCCGCCUAGUGGAGAGUGGCCGCCAGAACAUAGACUUCAGUAACGUGGACAUCUCCGAGCUGAGCAGCGAGGUCAUCAACAACAUGGAGACCUUUGACGUCCACGAGUUUGACCAGUAUUUGCCGCUCAACGGCCAUGCUGCCAUGCCGGCUGAUCACGGGCCGAACGCCACGGCGGGAUCUUACGGGACCUCCUAUUCCCAUUCGGCCAAUGGCGGCGGUGGGGCAGCUCAGGUUUGGACUCACAAGAGCCCUUCCUCUGCAUCCCCCUCGUCCAAUGAAAGCGGGCAGCAGAGGCCCCACAUCAAGACGGAGCAACUCAGCCCGAGCCAUUACAGCGACCAGUCACACAGCUCCCCGACUCACUCCGACUAUGGAUCUUACAGCGCCCAGGCGUGUGCGACCACAGUGGCCUCCGCCUCGGCCACCGCCUCUUUCUCCAGCUCCCAAUGUGACUACACAGACCUCCAGAGUUCCAACUACUACAACCCGUACCCUGGCUACCCCUCCGGCCUCUACCAGUACCCUUACUUCCAUUCCUCCCGCAGGCCAUAUGCCACCCCCAUCCUGAACAGCUUGUCCAUCCCUCCUUCGCACAGCCCCACCGCGAACUGGGACCAGCCGGUCUACACGACUCUGACAAGGCCUUGAGAGGACAGACAGAGCGGCCAUUUUUAGGCCUUCCUCCCCAACGUAUGCACUACAUGAGAAACGGAAAAAAAUAUGGAAUGAAGAAGGCAAAAAUCCAUGACGGAGCACCGUGUCACUUGCCCAAGUGCCUCCCGUUCUUCUGAAUGACUGGACACCCCCUCCAAGACCUUUAAAUUUUUUCCAAGACAGAGUUCUAUUUUCUUUAUUAAUAAUAAUAAUAAUAAUUAAUAAAUAAUAAUAAUAAUUAAAAGAAAACCAUCUGGACUGAUGAUUCCUUUUGAAUACAUGAAGGACGGUUUAUCCUAACUCCUCUGUGAGGACUUGAAGGGAAGUGCAUGAUUUGUAUGUAGGACCGUGCAAAAAUAAAGGAGAAGGUUAUGUUUGAAGGGUCUGUUGCAAUUUGAGGAUACGUCAACCUUGACCCCCCCACCCCCCAAAAAAACCCAGACAGACUUUACAAUCCUAACCAUCCGAUUAACAAUACCGAGGGACCGUCCAAGAAUCUUUUGAGACCAAUUGAUCCGCUAAUGUCAGCAUUUCUUCGUUUUAGUCGACGAUUCUUCUAAGCAAGGUUUGGCUGUAGUUUAACGUUUUGUUGGGAAGCUUACAAAAAGUGUGUUA